GUAAUCUCUAUAUCAAAAAAUUGUGUUUUUUUGCUGGAAAUGGCAUGCGCCCGGAAAUUUUUGUUUCGCGUUCUCCAAAAUAAUAACCUAGCCUUUAAACGGAGCAUUGCCAUGUCGCAGACACGUCGCGCCGCCGAGGAGGCCGUGGAAAAGCUGAAGGAGUCCAAUCCCUACUACUGGAAGUACGCGGAGAAGAUUGCCAAGAUACAGCAGACAUCCGCCGAGGAGUUUCUCGAUCGUGUUGAGCGCGUGGUGAAUCCUAUUAAAGAUGGACAAAGCCAGGCCAGGUCCUAUUCCGAGCUGCUAAACCCCAAGCAGGAGCUGGCCAAGAAGCAAGAGGCUGCCGAGCUGCCGCACAAGAAGCUGUCGGACAUCAUGAAGCUGGAGCUGCUGGCUGACAAGAGCGCCGAGGAUUUGUCGCAGAUCUGGAUCGAGUACCACAAGACCAAGGAGGUGCUGGCGGCCACCCUGACCACUGCCCAAUACGACACCUUGAUGGGCCGCGCCAAGGAGCAUCCCAUUUUCCUGCUGCCACUGCCGCGCAGCGAGGGCUUCGAAUUUUUCCUGCUGCAGUUUGCAGCCAACACGGUCCACUUCACGCCGUUGCUCGCGUACCAGGUGCACCACGAGAAUGCACCCGAGUGCCUCACCGUUGUGCACUACACUGAGGUGCAGGACAAGGGCGUGGUGCUGAUGCGCGGCGAGUACGACUCGAAGGUGCUGACUGCCCAGGAGGCCCAGUGCCUGGCGAACGAGCUGCAGAUGUUCUACUACAAGACGGACGAGAGCAAGAUGAAGCUCCUGGAGACGUUCACCAAGCGCCCCGAUGAGUUCAAGCACACGGAUCUCAUCAAGGAGGUGGAGAACAUUCAGCUGGCAUAGACACAUUGACAAACUAAUCAAAA